UUUUUAGUUUUACAAUUGUUUGAAAAUAUUGAAAUCAAGUAUUAGUUGGGGUUUGUAGAUUGAUUAGUGUUUUCUGUCUAUUUAACAUGUACGGCGGCCAUUGAGCUUUGUGGAUAUGUUGAAUGCACCUGAUUCGCCCGUGAAUCAAGAGAGGGCGGAGCAAAUAUCCAUACCUAUUUCAUCAAUGGUGAACCCUCCUCCUUGCACAGGAGAAGCAUAUCAGGAUCUGGUAAUGGCGACUAUUUCUACAUCGAUGGUGAGCCAUCCUCAAUCCAUUAGAGAAGCAUCUAAGGCACAGACUCCUUCGCGGUAUGGCCAUAACAUGGAUCCAUUUAAGUAUCUCUUCAAGAAAACUCCUAAGAGUGACAAGGAGAGGAGAGCGAAGAUAUUAGCUCUUGGAUCAGCCGAUGAGGUAAUCUAUAUUUCAAUUGCAAAGGAAUUAAAGUUAAAUGCAUAGUUAUGAUGUCAAUUGUGAACUAUUUUCUACAAAAGAAUUCUAACUUGGCUUUUGAAUUGUGGUUUUGCAGCCAUCUACAGAGCCGCGUACUGCACUGAAGAGGCUUGAUUUUGAUGAUCCACCAGAAGUUUAGGAUCAUAUAGUGUUAGUUUUGGUCAUAGAAUGACCAAUACAUGUAGAUAUAUUCUAUAAUUUUA